GGGCCUGGGGACGCACGGCGCUGCCGCGGCCUCCCUCGCCUUCUGCCAGCCUCAGAUCCCGUGUCUUUCCGCAGUGGGCAGCAACAGCAAUUCUUAGGUUUGAUUAUAAAUUAGAGGAAAGCAACCGAACGUUUUAUUGUUGUCUUCCUGUAAUGGUUUCUUUGGAAGGACACAGACUCCUGGCUUUCUCUUUCCGUGCCGUCAAAUUAGAUCAGUAUAAUAGCCAGCAGUGUCCGUGGGAAAUGUCGGUCAGUUGGCAAUAGAUCUGGUGAUUUCCACACUUGACAUGACUAAAGUUGGUUACUUCUACACCGAUUGCCUGGUGCCAAUGGUUGGAAAUAACCCAUAUGCAACAGCAGAGGAAAACUCAACGGAGCUGAGUAUAAAUGCUGAAGUGUACUCCUUACCUUCGAAGAAACUUGUAGUUCUGCAGAUCAGGUCACCUUUUAUAAAGAACAAGUACAGGCCGUUCUGUGAAACCCUGCUUUCUUGGGUGAAGAGCAGCAAAUGUGCCAGGGUUGUCCUUCUGUCCAGCAGCCAUGCAUACCAGCGUGAUGAUGAGCAGCUUCUGGGGACACCACUGCGCUACCUGCUCACACCUGAUCUGGAGAAAGCAGUUGGAGGCCGCAUGAAGGAGCUAAACUGGAAAGAAAUGGAAAAAGUAGCAGCUUACCCUGGAAUAAGUAAUACAGACAAAGUUCUGCAUAUACCUGGAGGUGGCAUCACAAAACUGUUGUUUACUGAGAGCUGUUCAGAGGGAAUCCAAAUGGCAGUUCUUCUGAAAUUUUGCUCAGAAGGAGACAACAUCCCUGAUGCAUUUGUUCUUAUUAACUAUCUUAAUGAAUGGCUCCAGCUAAUUAAAACUGAAAGCAACAAUUCCACAGAUCCUUCUUCGCAGUGGAAGAUACCGAGCUCUUGGCGCUUACUUUUUGGUAAUGGUCUCCCACCUGCCCUGUUCUGAUCAGCUCUGAACUCGCUGUGAGUCACAUGUGCGGUCACAGACGUCCCUUGAGGUGAUGAUUACACGGUAAUUGCCAAGGAGCAGCAGCUUGCUUUGGUGUCUGCAUAAAUGCUUUAUUUAAGAAAAAUUCCUUUUGUGUAUGUGGAUAGCUGAAGAAAUCAAGGUAACUUUCACAGACUCACCAAAGAAAUACGUUUUGUACAGUUGUUUAUUGAGUAACUUUGGUUGGAAGUUUUUUCUAAUAAAAUAUUUUUUAAGAAA